AUGGCAAGAAAGUCCUACCAUAUUAAGAAUGGAUCUUCCAGGCGAGAAGGGCAAGCCAGUUCGCGAAACACUCGUCACGGCCUUGAUACGUCUUUUGAAAACAUGAUAGUCACUGCUACCGGUCGUGAGGCCUUUGACUUAUCAGUUAGCACCAUCCAUACCUCAAAGUUGGAGACCAUACCGGUAGCACCUACCGGUAGCGUUGACCGUACCUCAAGGGAGGAUCCCGAAGGGACUAUUCUAGAAGACAACUAUUCUGGAAUCUUCGGGGACACUCCUUACUAUGAUCAGGAGAGCCAAGCAGUUCUGGCCUACGAGAGCAGCUUUGAUUCUACAUGCCCCACGGAUAGCUUUGACAGCGGAAACAGAGAUAAUUCGAACCCAAGUCCACCAAAGACUAGUCAACGCAGACGUCCCUUUCGCAAUCCCAAAGGGUAUGUCAGUUUCGAUUCCAGCACAGCAUCUACCUCCUCGACGCUUCGCCGUUGCUGCAUGAAGGAUUGUACCUACUGCCUUCUCUGCUUUGCUGUCUUUCUAGUGGGUUUAUCUAUUGCGGGAACCGCUAUGAUUGUCCUGAAUGUGUUUGAAAAGAAACCAAACGCUGCAACAAGCAAUGCCACUUCAGCUGAGUAUGAUUCCUCUUCGGAUGACUUGGUGGGUCCUGUGACUGUCACAGCGUGGACCUCAACUCCAACGUCUCUACCAACGUUCUUUCCUACACAUCGAACCACAAGCACACCAACAGAAACCCCUUCUUCUCCUCCUCAAUCCACACCAAGUACUACCCCAUCGAUUCAAAACAGCCAAACGCCUAGCAUUGCACUCACAAGUUUCCCUUCCGCCAUUCCAACAAGUUUCCCAACCGCCAUUCCAACAAAUCUCCCCACAAGUCAUCCGUCAUCUGCCCCGACUUCAAUGGGACCAACAACAACUCCAAGUCAAUUUCCCACAAGGAUUGCCUCGGAGAGGCCUUCUUCCACUCCAACCAAAGCACCAACGCGCUCCCCUGUGGACAUGUCCCAAAGCGUUUUCUACCAAUACUUAGAUGGGGCAGUGCAGGACCCUGCCGCCUUGGCAGAUAUCAGCUCACCUCAAGGGAGAGCCUUGGAAUGGUUGGAAAAUGAGGAUAAGAUCGAACUUGACAUCUUGCGUCUCAACGCCAGCACACCAGAGAACAGGAGAACGCGAAUGCUUCGAAACUUAUACCAACGAUUCGCCAUGGUUGCCUUGGACUUUGCCUUACAUGACACGGUGGAAGAAACGGCAUGGUCAUUUCCGAGGCUUCAUGUUUGUCUGUGGACUGGUGCCAAGUGUAAUGAAGCGCGAGAAGUAAACGGCAUCAACUGGGCACGCAUGAACUUGACAGGUACCAUUCCUCCUGAGUUGGGACUGCUCACCAAUGUGGUUUCUUUAGACAUUGCCCAGAACCGACUAAAGGGAUUUCUGGAUCCUCUCUACAAUCUUACCGCAGCCGUGGAUAUAUUUGUGUUUGAGAACCAGCUUUCGGGACCUCUCACUCGAGGCCUCGAACAAUGCCAGAGCUUGACUCGGUUCAUGGCAGGCCACAAUCAACUAACCGGGCAACUUCCCGCUCUCAACAUGGAUAGUUUACGUUGGUUCAACGUUCAUCACAAUGGAUUCACUGGGGCCAUUCCUUGGACGCUCGCCCUUGAAAACGUCAAGAUAUUCGACGUUACAGGGAAUCAAAUCUCGGGACAGCUUCCUCUCAACUUUGUGGAUAGUGUGGUUCCCAGUGUUCGUCACCUGUAUUUGGGAAACAACAGGCUCAACGGUACCGUACCUGAGGAUUUUGUCAACCUUGGCAGGGGACGCGCCCUUCAGAUCUAUAUGAAUGACAACCAGUUGUCCGGUGGCUUUCCUACUCGUUUUGAAGAAAUUAAGCAUUUGACCAAUCUGGACCUCUCGAACAAUCUCUUUACGCAACGGUUGGUGAGACCUCCUGUGCAAGCUCCUGUACGUGCACCAGUUCCCGCCCCAGUGAGACCUGAUCGAAAACCGGUACUACCCCCACGACCAGCAGAGGACGACGAUGACAACACAGUUCCGGCUCCCGAAACAGUUCCACCACCACAGAUUGUCACUGGUGACGACGAUGACAACUUAGGCGACAACGAGGCGCACCAAAGCAAACCGGUUCCACAGGAAAUCAAUGUUGUAACCCAACAACAACUCAACGACGAGGACGACAACGUUCCACCGGGCCAGCCCAUACAGCUCAAUAUCAUCAAUGUAGACGCUGACGCGGAUGGCAACGGAGGGGCUGGACCAAUCCCCCAACUAAAUGUUAUUAAUGGUGGGGUGAGUCUUCAACAAGACGAGGACCAGUUCAACUUCCUAGACGAAGAAAAUGACGAUGCAACCCUCUUCGGCGACGACGACCGCCAGUAG